CGCCUUGCGCACGGUAGCGCUGCGAAAAUGGAUGUCAGCAAGCCAUCAUCAGUGCUGUGGUCCUCUGACUGUAGUGUGUGAUCUUGGGAGUGGGAUGGGGCAUACGAGUUGAGUCGAAAUGAAAUGGUACCUUGUCCACCAGAUCCUCCCUCCCACCAGGCUACAUCGUCCUCGGCAGGUUCGUUGCAAAUCGCUGCAUUACCUCGACGGAGGUUUGAUGUUCAAGCAGGUCAAACGGGUGCUCAGCGCCUUUUCAACAAGUAGGCCUUAUCUAGCAACUUGAUACCUGCUUAGGAGGCGAGGUCCGCGUAUUUUAGCCACUAUGGUGCGCCUCUUUUCGACCCGUUCGCGCCAUGGGACGUUUCAAGGUGAUCCAUUCGCGCACUUCUUGCAGCCCCCGGCCAAUGAGUCGCCUGAACAACAGGCUGCUCGAAUAGCGGCAGAAGCUCACGCCAAGAGCUUGUCUGAUGCAAUUGACCAGGCGCUUCAACGAGAGGCGGCUGCGAAAAGACCACCCAAAAAUAUGGCCGACCUUCAGAUCAUCUUGCUCGGACAGUCGAAUGCAGGCAAAACUACUGUACUCAAGCAGAUGCGUCUCAUGUACGACCCGCGAGCGCAUGAACGCGAGCGAAAUUGCUGGAAGGUGAUCAUUUAUCUCAACAUCAUCAUCGCGGUCCGCUCCCUGCUUGACACCCUCGAAACGUUUGUCCAGUACCACACCUCUGCUGCCACGUCGCGGUCGCCUAAUCUAGGUGGUGGGAACCGAUCUUUGCCAGCAAUUCUGGCACAGCGCAAAGGCCCACAAGCUCUCCUGCUUUUGCGGAUGCGCUUUGCACCGUUGUUAACGCUCGAGCUCCCACUGCGUCGGCGCCUGGGUGCCCUGGAAGACCCAGAGCCGCUCCAAUGUAGCAAGGCCACGCGGUCGCCGGCUGCAUUUCCAGGAGACGGGCUCAACUGGCAACCUAGCCCCGACGCAUCACCGUCUUCCACACCGGACUCGGGGCGUAACCCGCAACAGCAGUAUCGCUUUGUGAGCCACCUUGGGCUCAGAUCCUCUCCAAGAAAGCCCCCCAAAUCCGCCCAACAUCCGCCUCAUGUAGGACGCAAAUCAUUCUUUGUUUCCGCUGCGACGGCGCAAGAGCAGGGUAGCGACGUCAACGGGAGCAGCGAGGGUGCGUCGGCCGUCGGAAUGGGAGCGCAUGCCAUGUCGCAGUCCAACGCGCAGACUCAACGCCCAUUUUAUGCGCAUAGCGCUCCAGGCAGCGACACCAGCAUCACCAGCGGCUCUCAGCAGCCACGCGUGCCCGCAUGGAGAGCGAGUCCACGUGGCAACGCGCAGAGUGCGUUGACCAAUGCUGCAUUGGAGGCUGAGGCUAGCUUCGAUACAUACAGUUCUCACGGAGAGUUCAAGUAUGUGCACAAUGAUGUGGAUGCAGAUUCUGACUCCGGUGUUUCCCUGCCCACAUCGAUGCACAAGCACCGCGGCGUUGGCGGCGGGGAUGCACGCGCGCGUACAAGAGCAUCAGCAGGCGUUGGUGCGGCUGUGGAGCCUUUGCCGCCGAAGGGAAGGCCCGGCCAGAUCGGUGAUGAACUUGUGCUUCGUGCAGGCUGGCAGGCGCGCAUUAGCGGCCGGCAGCCGGUCAAGGCUGCACCGCGUUUCACGACGCUGGUACGGAACGCACUCAAGGUGCCACAGAAGGCGGCGUCGAUCCGCAGCACAGCGCCGACGGUGGCGGCAAUAGCAGUAGAUGUUGGUGUGGAGAGCUUGGAGGGCGACGAAUGGGGUGCGCUGGCAAAGAAUGACGAAGGGGAGGCGGCGUCGAUGCUCCGGAUGUUGUGCACGGACAUUCUCAACCUCUGGCACGGAACUGAUGGCGAAAGCGAGACGGCAGACUUGCUGGCGAGCGUCCACAGCCUUGGGCUUUUGGAUCACCUCGGCCCUACGACCUACUUCCUCGACCACCUGACGCGCGUCGUCCAGCCGGAGUACGUACCCACGGACCAGGACAUCCUGCGCGCCCGAGCCCGCACAGUUGGCGUGACGGAAGAGACGGUGACGAUUAGCCACCUUCGAUGCCACAUCUUCGACGUCGGCGGCCAUCGCAGUCAGCGCGCAGCAUGGGCGCAGUUCUUCGACGACUCGCAGGCGAUCAUCUUUGUCGCUCCCCUCGGUUCUUUCGACCAGUGCCUCGUCGAAGACCCAUCAGUGAACUGCCUGAGAGAUACGCUGCAGUUGUUCCAGGAUGUCUGCCGGAAUCGUCUGCUGGUACGCUCGGCGCUGAUCGUAUUCAUGAACAAGAUGGACGUGCUGGAGGAGAAGCUGCAGGCUGGCGUGUCCUUCUCGCGCUUUCAUCCGAAGUACGAGGGUCACCCGCUCGACAGCAAAGAAGUCUGCCAUUGGUUCCACCGCCGGCUGGUCAAGACGCACGAUGAGUGCUCGCCGCCAGGUGCAGCGAAGAGAGAGCUUUACAUCCACAGAUCCAUCGCUACGGUCAGUCAAUCGCUCCUGCUCCCAGCCCUAGCAGCCCCAGCGCCGAUGGGCAGAAAGUGUGAAGGGCAAUCUAGUGGCGGACUGUGUCUGACAUUACACCUCUGCCCUAUUUGUGUCCACUUUCUCGCAGGACACGCAACGCAUUCGGACUAUUAUGGAAAGCCUGUGGAACGUUUUGCUCACCGACUCGCUCUCCUGGGGCGGUUUGCUGUGAAUUGCAGCCACACGCUGACUACAAAUGCCAACAAGGAUACUUUGACACGAAUUGUAAUCCACCUGCUAUACUUUGCUCACCUUGAAGAUCGACCCAAAUUGCGUUAAGCUAUAACUGACCAAACCUGCGGAACCUACUUGUAC